GGACGAUGAUGACAUCAACGAUGUGGCUUCCAUGGCGGGAGUCAACUUAUCGGAGGAGAGCGCUCGUAUCAUGGCUACCAGCUCUCAGCUUGUCGGCAUGGUGACUCGGUCCUGUGUAGACGAGACUUUUCUUUCUGUCUCCUCGCUCACUCAGAUAGCUCUGGAAUUUGGUAAGAAGUUUGGCGUCAACAAGUUGGGCACAAAUGUGAUCAACUACAUAUCCCAAGCUACACAGCAACGGCUGCGGGUCCUCUUGGAAAAGGCGUCGCAUGUGGCGCAGCAGAAAAAUACAAGUUUUAAGGAGGACGUGCAGUAUGAGCAGGUCAGCAACGUGAGAGCACAACUCAAGUUUUUCGAGCAGCUGGAUCAGAUGGAGAAACAACGGAAGGAUGAAGAAGAAACGGAGAUGCUCAUGAAGGCUGCCAAGUCUAGGUCGCGACAAGAAGACCCCGAGCAGCUCAGACUUAAGCAGAAGGCCAAAGAGAUGGAGCAGCUAAAGGAGGCUCAGAUCAGGCAGAGAGAAGCCAACCUAACAGCUCUGGCAGCAAUUGGCCCGAGAAAAAAACGGAAAGCUGACUCUCCGGUCAGGGGUGCGACUGCCGAGGGUGCUGGGUCAGGACCUUCCCAGCCUGGGGGCUCAAGUGGAGCAGGCUCCAGACAGUUCACGAGACAGCGGAUCACAAGAGUCAACCUCCGGGACCUGCUCUUCUGUCUGGAGAAUGAGAAAGAGACCAGUCGCUCGCAGCUCCUUUAUAAAGGCUUCCUCAAAUAGUACCUGGAUUAAAGUAACUCGUCUCCGGCAGGGACAUUAAGGAAGCAGAGCAGAGCUCUCCGCCUUCCAGAUUUUCUUUGAUCUGUUAAAUUAUAAGACGUGGCUGCAGGAGAAUUAUCUGCAACACAAAGGAGACUUUACCAGCUUCCUCAGGCACUGGCCUUUUGUGUUGUAAUUGAUGAGAAGGAGCAAAUAUUGGCCUUGACUUGAGCACACCUCCCACCUCAGUUUGCUCUGCUGAUGCUCGUUCCACCUGACUCCACGUGUCUCACGUGACACGGAUCCUUUCAGUUACUAACCUUAUUUCUUGAAUUGCCUUCUUAACCAGACAAGCCAUAUGCUUUGAAUGUGUUGAUUUAUCAAUCCAGCAGUAUUCCCCAGAGUUCUAGGAUGGGUGCUUUAAUGUUUUAUUUGUCUUUUUGUUUAUUUAUGUCACAUUCAGGCGGUGUUAGUUGGCAUCAGUGGAAAAAACAAUACAAAUUCACACUGGUUGAUUUUUGUUCUGACUGCCACAUUUUCUACACUUUAAAUGCUUUUCAUUCCAAUUCUUUUUCUGGAGCAUACUAUACAGUAUGCAUAUUUUUAUAAGAGAAGGUAUCAUAGUGUAUAUAAGGUAAUUCUUGGGUAAAAUUCUUCUGGUAAGGAUAUGAUAGAUCCCCCUCUAAAACAAAAAUAAGUCUUACUUUUUAUUAAAAUUUUUUUGUAAAGAAAUCUGAGCUGCUAUGUUAUAAUUUAAAAAGAGGAACUUGUGAUGUCCGGGCUGCAAUCGUGCUGUAUUAUUGCACCAGAGUUUGAAUGAAAUAAAUAAUAAAAUAACUCCAAUAUUGUCGCUGA